AGUAAGCAGAGCAGCAGGGAGCAGCAAAGCUGGCCCAGCUACCCCCCAGCCACUCCUCUCCCUCCCACCUGAACCCGGGGGGGGGGGCGCCCUGGGGACCGCUGGAGCAGCUGCACUGCCCGAGCCAACCCAGCAAUCUCUCUGGGCUUUUGACCUCCACUGUUGAUUUCUACCCAGAGCACACAAGCAUUUUUAGCUCCCGAGGAAUGUAAAGCAGCCGCGAGAAGUCAGGAUGGAGCUGCUAGUUUAAAACAAACACAGGGCUUCCUACAUAAGGCCCAGCCAGCCACUGGGCACCACCUCCACCAGGAACCCCAGGCCCAUCGGACACCAUGCCCUCCCUGGGGACCCUCUGCAGCCUGCUGCUCUUCAGUGUGCUCUGGAUGGACUUGGCCAUGGCGGGCUCCAGCUUCCUGAGCCCUGAACACCAGAAAGUCCAGAGAAAGGAGUCCAAGAAGCCGCCAGCCAAACUGCAGCCCCGAGCUCUGGAAGGCUCGCCCCGCCCAGAAGACACAAGUCAAGUGGAAGGGGCAGAGGAUGAGCUGGAGAUCCGGUUCAAUGCUCCCUUUGAUGUCGGAAUCAAGCUGUCAGGGGCUCAGUACCAGGAGCACGGCCAGGCGCUAGGGAAGUUUCUUCAGGACAUCCUCUGGGAAGAGGCCAACGAGGCCCUGGCAGACGAGUGAUCAUCCACAAGACUGGCCCUCUUGUAUUCCUCCCAACCUUAGAAGCACUCACCUGGCUUUUACACUGUUUCUGCACAACUCCCAGUUCUGAGUGGUACUAGCUUAAGAGGUGAAUAAA